AUGGCUAAUACGCUCUGCUGUCGAGGUCCUCUUGUAAGGAGUCUCUCGGGGCUCCAACUGGGUAAUCAGUUGCGACGGGAGGCAACGGUAAAUAAUAUCCUCAACCGCAGAUUACCUUCUCGGACCGCACUGAAUGCUGCUGCAUCUCCGCGCUGUAAUCGAAGCUCCUUGAAGUCACAUACCACGCGUUGUGAGGCUGCAGAGAGCUUCAACGCCUCCAGAUCGGAAGCGGGAUCAAAUCCACGGCUCUCCGUGUUCGGAUCUCCCCGUCCUUCCAUCCUGCAGAAUACUACUGCUCACACCCCUCUGCACAUCGCCAGGGCGCGCAGGGGGUUUCUCUCGGAGCUGCAAUCAAUCAAAGAUGAGGAAAACGUUGCUGGCCCCAUCGCCUAUGAGUCGCCCCUGGACAUAGUGCUGUAUCCGGACCCGCGCUUGAGGGCGCCCAACAAGCGCGUGAACGUCUUUGAUGAGUCGCUGCAGAAGCUUGUAGCGGAGAUGUUCGAUGUCAUGUACAGGACGGAGGGGGUGGGGCUGUCAGCGCCACAGGUGGGGGUGAACGUGCGCCUGAUGGUGUACAACCCCGUGGGCGAGAGGGGCAAGGGUGUGGAGAUGGUGCUGGUCAACCCGCGCAUUGUCAAGUACGCCAAGGCACGGGACGUUAUCGAGGAGGGGUGCCUCUCGUUCCCUAAGAUGUACGCUGACGUCGAGCGGCCAAUGGGUGUGAAGGUGGAUGCUCAGGAUAUCGACGGCCGGAAAUUCAGCAUCAGUCUGAAAGAGUGGCAGGCACGCAUAUUCCAACAUGAGUACGAUCACCUGGAGGGGACCCUUUACUUUGAUCGAAUGACCCCGGAAGUUCUCGACACUAUUCGCAGCAAGCUCAUCGAUCUGGAGGACAAGUAUGCUGAAGCCACUGUCUCUCGCCCUGUCCAACCAUUCUUGUACCUUCUGUUCCCUCCCGCUUUUCCCCGAAACCCCCCCCUCCCCACCCCCACAUCCUCCCCCACCCCACCUCCUCUCUUCACCCUCACCCCCUCACCCUCUCCCCCCUCACCAUCUCCCCCCUCACCAUCUCCCCCCUCACCCUCUCCCCCCUCACCAUCUCCCCCCUCACCCUCUCCCCCCUCACCCUCCCCUCACCCUCCCCUCACCCUCCCCUGCCUCUCCACACCCUCCUCGCCCCUCGCAUUCAUUCUUAACACGGACGGCACAGUGCCCAACACCCUUGUGGUCUCCAACGCGUAUGUCGUCAAGCCUCGUGUCGCCGCCCCUCGGGAUAUCUGCCAGUUCAAGUACGACCGGCGGUCACCCUUUGUGCGCAAGUUCAAGACCAUCGUGCAUCCGGGCGAGGUGAACCGCAUCCGGGAGCUGGUGCAGAACCGCAACAUCAUCUUCACACACACCGACAGCCCUGACGUGCUCAUGUGGCACGUGGAGCGGCACCCCUUCUGCACUCCCUCCUUCAACAGUCCCGCCUCCACUCCUGACCUGAUCCUGGUGGGGCACACGGAGGAUGCGGAGUUUGCAAUGGCGACCAGCCCGGUGGCCCCGCUGGUGAUCAGCGGGGGCAAGGACCACAACGUGCUGCUCUGGAACGUGGCGGACCACGUGACGUCGCUGCAGUCAUCCGCAGCUCUCCGCAAGCCCCACCCCGCCGCCAAGCCGAAAACCAAGGCAGCUGCUGCGCCCUCCGCGCCUUCCCGCGCUGCCCCCUCUGGCCCCCUUUCCUCCCGCGCCCGUGCUGACUCCCCUGCUCGCAAUGGCGAGGAGGGGAAGGCAGUGCAGGAAGGAAAAGAAGCUGAGACGGUGAAGGCAGCUGAGACAGGGGAAAAGGAGGAGACAGAUACGGAGAAGGUAGAGGGGGAAAUAGGGAAGGAAGUAGCGGCAGGGGGAGGGGAGGAGGCAGGGAGCAAGAGUGAAGCAGGGAAGAAAAAGGGUGGUGAUGAUGCUGAAAUAACUGCCUCCGCUGCUCCUGCGGGUGCAGAUGCAGAUGCGCCCUCAGAGGCAUUGAAAGAGAGUGAGGGCAUGGACGUGGAUAAGACAGGGGGAGAGGAGGGCGAGGGAGGGAGGAAGAGUGAUGCGGUUGGGAGUGAGAAGGCAGGGGGGGAAGAGGGUGAGGAAGCUGGGGGAGGGAGCAAGGAGGGGAAGGAGGAGAAAGCAGUUGAGGAAAAGAAAGAGGGGAAAAGCAAGGAGGAAGACGGAACAACUGACGGGGCACCAACAGGAAUGGUCAUUGACGAGGCAACUGGUGGUGCUGGUGGUGCUGGUGCUGCUGGUGAUGAUGAAGCAGAGACAGAUGCACACGUUGCAAGCAAGCCCACUGGUUCAACCCGGUCCUCCUCCCCCUCCCCCCCCAUCAAGCUCGGAUCCACCCCGAAACGCACAAGCCUGGCUCCCCGGGGGGUGUUCAAGGGGCACACAGCGACUGUGGAGGACGUGUGCUUCCACCCCUCGCACUCCCAGCAGUUCUGCUCCGUGGGCGACGACUCGAGACUGCUGCUGUGGGACGCACGGACAGGCGGAGAGAAGGGCCCGUGUCAGAGGGUGGAGAAAGUGCAUGAUAGUGAUGUUCACUGUGUGGAUUGGAAUGGGAGGAAUGAGAAUCUGGUGGUGACUGGGGGCGCGGAUAAGAGCGUGCGGUUGUUUGAUGUGAGGAAGCUGGGGGCAGGGCCGGUGGGGAAGGUGGAGGGCGAGGCGAGGGGGAAGGCGAAGGCCACGCAUGCGUUCCGCGGAGGGCACCAGGCAGCUGUGCUGUCCGUGCAGUGGUGUCCCGACAGCCCCACGGUAUUCGCCAGCUGUGCUGAGGACGGGCUGGUCAACAUCUGGGACUGCUCCCUGUUGCAUGUGGAGGCGGUGAAGUCGUCUCGAGCUGACGGGGUGCCGCCCGGACUGCUCUUCCAACACGUGGGCCACCAGGAUCGAGUGAUUGAGUUCCAGUGGGCACCGAAGGACCCGUGGACGUUUGCGAGUGUGUCAAGCAACGUGAACAAGAGAAGGGGAGGAGGCACACUACAGAUGUGGCGAGUGUUGGACCUCAUCUACCGCCCGGCUAAAGACGUGGUUAUUGACCUUAACCGUUACUUGGACCUCCGCGCGCUAGACGGCGCGCAGUUGCAAGUGCAGGCGGGCGCACGGGGGGAAGCGGAGGCGCAGGGGGACGGUCGGAGGGUGGAGGUGUGCCGGUUUGCGCCACCAGGAGCAGCUGCCGCGGGGCGAGGCGCAGCGGGGGGGAAGGGAUUCGUCUGGGGAGGCCAGCCAAUCACGGAGCUCGCACUCGUGUCCGAUCCACUGCCCCGAGGGGGUCUGGUGGCGGUUCUACCUGGCUGUGACGGCCGCGCGCCCAUAGUGCGGCCAAUCACUCGCUCCGUCACGUGUGUGUCUGCUGCUGCCGUGCCACAUCCUGAGUCCACUCCAACACCCCCUCAAGAAUCGUUGUCUGCCAGGAAGAAUGGCAAGCAAAAGAAGCUUGCUGAUAAGGCGGGAUUUGGAGAGAAGGCAGAGACUCCCAAAAUGAAGAAGAAAAAGCGGAAAGCAGAUGCUGAGGGAGAUGCUACCAGAAGUGAAAGGGUCGCUUUGCCUACCUCGCGACCCUCGCCCGUCGCCCUUGCUUUCUCCGCCCACUGCCCUCGCCCCGCCCGUCGCCCUCGCCGCCUCGUCGCUCGUCGCCCUCGCUUCCUCCUCCCGCCCUCGCUUCCUCCGCCCGCGCGCUUCUCCCAUACCGUCGACCUCGCUUCCCUCGCCCAUCCCCCUCGCUUCCCCCGCCUGUCGCUCUCGCUUUCCCGGCCUACCACACUCGCCUCUCCCUUCGCCCUCGUCGCCUCCCCGCCCGUCGCCCUCGUCUCCUCCGCCCAUCUACUUCGCUUUCCCCCGCCCGUCGCCCUCACUUCCCCGCCCCAUCGCUCGCCCCUUCAAUCGCUGCUGCUUCCUUUUUGCAGAGGCCACUUUCCCUCUUCUCACUCUCCGUUUUCAGUCGCAUCUCCCAAUCCGCCCACGUCGCAACUUGCAUUCCUGCCUCAUGUCGUUCUCGCUGCUCAGAUUCUACAGCAGUUUGCGCUCAGUCUCCCCCCACCCUUCACACCCCAGACUACGCUCGAAUUUCCCCCUUGA